AUGCUAGAAAACAGGGGUGUCAAACACAUCAGUUCAGAGGAUGUUAUCAAAAAACAUGUCCUUCCAUGCUUUGCCUCUGGGAAAUGGAAAGAGAAGUCAACUGAUUUGCUGUUGGCCUAUGUUCAACUGAUCAAAGAACAGUGGACCAGUGACAAGCAGUCUUUGAACAUGCUGGAAGUGAGGAGGGUCAUUCAAGUUCAACUGACCAACGGUCAUUUUGUCAACCCACAAGACACAACAGUACAGCUUUCCAGGGAAUAUCUCAGCAUGUUUGAUCUUCCCAGCAUGUUUCCAGACUCUGUCUGGAACAUCGUCAGUAGUGCCUACCUAGACCUUUCUGCCUUGUCAUCCAAACAGACCACUUCGAACAGGCAACAAUGGAAGAUGUUUCUUUUGGCGCUAGGAGUCAAGGAAUUCCUGGCUGUGGACAAAAUAGAAGUGGUCCUUAAACACAGCGAAUUGGAUUCAUCUCCUUGGGCCUGGAUGAAGGACUUGUUCCCUGCAUAUGAGGGCAGAUACUUCAUUGAUGACCAGGUUUGCCCACAGUUUGACCAGCUGACCAGCCAAGUGGACAGUCCAGCCAAAUACCACCAGAUGGUGGUUCUACUCCAGGCAUUAGAUGGCUUGUGGGAGGCUCAGUAUGCCAAUUACAAAUGGGCCACAGUUUACGACGAGGACAAAAAAGAACUGAAACAAGUGGAGUCGUCGUUUUUCAUGAAUGUGAAAAAGUUGCCAUGGAUACCAUCAGAGAAAGGAAAAUUUGGUGCUUUCAGAAAUAGAGGUGGUGCCAGUGACCAUCUAGAGAUGGAAAAUGUACUUUUGCAUGGCAGCACCAUAUAUAUAAGGCACAAAGCAAUAGAAAGCCUGCUAGGAGAGCAUGUCCCAUAUCUUGCCAGGGGGAUUCAGUUGAAAUCAUCUCUGUGCAAAGAACUCGGAGUACAGGCUUUCUUGUCUAAUGAAGCUGUACUUGAACAUCUAAAAGAAUGGUCGGAGGCAAGCAAUCAAGGUCAAAUAUUUGUCACCACAGUAAGGCAUAUGAAGAAUGUGUAUUGGCAUUUUGAAAGAUAUAUAGCAGAUGGACUGAAAGAAUUGUUUGGUCAGAAUGACUUCAUAUUUGUUCCUAAAGAAGAUGGCGUCACUUACCAGACCAAUGCGUUCGUAGCUGGUGAAUUUCUGCCUUUGAAGAUGGUGUGUUGGCAUGACCCCACGGGGCUGGUGCAGAAAUAUGGCACACAGGGGAAAGAUGCUGGAAUGACUGGUCUAAAAAAGAAAUACAAGAGGGAAUUGGACCAUGUCUAUCCUGACAUGGAAGCAUUCUUCAGAGGUAUUUUACAAGUCAUGGAAACCCCCACUAUGAAAGAGUAUGUUCAACUUCUACAAGAAAUAGCAGAAGAGAACCCUGUGCCCAACCAUGCAGCCACACUCCAUGCUUACAAGAUUUUUGAAAUACUUGGCCAGAAAUGUAAAAAGAAGGAAAAUCCAAGUGGCAUUGUUGGCCAAAAAGCAACAAGUGGGUUCAGGUUCAAGAGGAGCCGCUCCUGGCAGAUGACCCACGUCUUGCAGAGCUCUUCAAGAAACAGGNGUGCCUACCUAGACCUUUCUGCCUUGUCAUCCAAACAGACCACUUCGAACAGGCAACAAUGGAAGAAGUUUCUUUUGGCACUAGGAGUCAAGGAAUUCCUGGCUGUGGACAAAAUAGAAGUGGUCCUUAAACACAGCGAAUUGGAUUCAUCUCCUUGGGCCUGGAUGAAGGACUUGUUCCCUGCAUAUGAGGGCAGAUACUUCAUUGAUGACCAGGUUUGCCCACAGUUUGACCAGCUGACCAGCCAAGUGGACAGUCCAGCCAAAUACCACCAGAUGGUGGUUCUACUCCAGGCAUUAGAUGGCUUGUGGGAGGCUCAGUAUGCCAAUUACAAAUGGGCCACAGUUUACGACGAGGACAAAAAAGAACUGAAACAAGUGGAGUCGUCGUUUUUCAUGAAUGUGAAAAAGUUGCCAUGGAUACCAUCAGAGAAAGGAAAAUUUGGUGCUUUCAGAAAUAGAGGUGGUGCCAGUGACCAUCUAGAGAUGGAAAAUGUACUUUUGCAUGGCAGCACCAUAUAUAUAAGGCACAAAGCAAUAGAAAGCCUGCUAGGAGAGCAUGUCCCAUAUCUUGCCAGGGGGAUUCAGUUGAAAUCAUCUCUGUGCAAAGAACUCGGAGUACAGGCUUUGUUGUCUAAUGAAGCUGUACUUGAACAUCUAAAAGAAUGGUCGGAGGCAAGCAAUCAAGGUCAAAUAUUUGUCACCACAGUAAGGCAUAUGAAGAAUGUGUAUUGGCAUUUUGAAAGAUAUAUAGCAGAUGGACUGAAAGAAUUGUUUGGUCAGAAUGACUUCAUAUUUGUUCCUAAAGAAGAUGGCGUCACUUACCAGACCAAUGCGUUCGUAGCUGGUGAAUUUCUGCCUUUGAAGAUGGUGUGUUGGCAUGACCCCACGGGGCUGGUGCAGAAAUAUGGCACACAGGGGAAAGAUGCUGGAAUGACUGGUCUAAAAAAGAAAUACAAGAGGGAAUUGGACCAUGUCUAUCCUGACAUGGAAGCAUUCUUCAGAGGUAUUUUACAAGUCAUGGAAACCCCCACUAUGAAAGAGUAUGUUCAACUUCUACAAGAAAUAGCAGAAGAGAACCCUGUGCCCAACCAUGCAGCCACACUCCAUGCUUACAAGAUUUUUGAAAUACUUGGCCAGAAAUGUAAAAAGAAGGAAAAUCCAAGUGGCAUUGUUGGCCAAAAAGGUAGAGGAAUCCUCUCGGAACUCUCAGAUGCUUCUUCCACUGUUGAAUUGGACUCGAUUUUUGCGGGGCAGUUGAAACAUUUAUUGGAAACUGCUGAUGUGAUACCGACCUCCAGCAACAAGUGGGUUCAGGUUCAAGAGGAGCCGCUCCUGGCAGAUGACCCACGUCUUGCAGAGCUCUUCAAGAAACAGGUGGCUGAGAAGAUCCUACUGGUGGCUGAACCUGUUGUUGCAGGUAUUCAACAAUCUAGUUCAGAGGACCAAGUUACUGAAUUGAGGUCAAGGGCAGAAUUUUUCUUCAAGGCUGUUGGAAUCAAAACUCUUUCCGAGGGCGUAGAACAGGAGGUGGUCCCAGAGAGCACACGCCCAAGCCCAGAAGUUCAGCAAUAUAUUCAUGAAGUGGUGCCUUAUAUACAACAGUUUUUGUUUUCCUCCCACCCCACUGUGUACAAGAAACUGCAAGAAAAGAAGGUGUCUGCUGUCUUGAAACUUUUUAUAUUUUACCAAAGCAGUAAGCUGGAUGUUGUGUACAGACUGAAAGGCAAGCCACAUGUUAAUGUGACCGUGCAAGAAAAGUGCAUCUUGCAGAACGAGCGCGAGUUUUAUGUCCACAAGGACAGCGUCAAAUCCUACAGAGAUAUGGACAAGGAGCUGGUGAAGAUUUUCCUUCCAGCUUCUGCACAAGAUUUGGAGACUGGGCUCCUGAAUUUUCUGCAGGUUUUGAGGAUGCACAUCCAGAAGCCAUAUGGUGGGAUGACAGAUGCAGACUUCCAGAGAGAACAGAAGAUGAAGGCUUUGCCUGAAGAGGAGGAAAGAUGGGCGGUGCCAGAGCCUGACCAGCUGUUAAUAAGACCCUCUCAAAAGACUGAAUCUAAGGAGCAUUCUCUUGAUGACCUUAACUGGACGGAGAAAGAUGAGAAAGCAAAGAAGAAAAAGAACCCUCCAGAGGCAGGAGAACUUACAGCCUGGCCACCCCCACCACCAAAGGAAAAGAAGGGUCCACCUACUGAUUCGGAAAGAUCCCAACCACAAGCUACAGGCAAGCCUCCAAUGGGCAGUGCUCCAAUUUCUGAGCCAUUGCACUUACAUGUAAAAGAUGAAGAUACCCAUGCAUCUCAGAGAGCACAGAUUGACCAUGGUCCUUUCAGGCAGGUGGAAGCUGGUCCCAUCUUGCCUCAAGUACAGCCAUCUAGUGGACAGAAUCAAGUGAUGAAGGCAGACGGCCGAGAAGUUCCAUCAGACCAAGGGCAGAGUAGCAGCACGACUGAAGAUGGCUCUUUUGGAAGACCUGUUGACAAUACAGGACAAGUUGUCAACCAAAGACCAUAACAAACCCAGCAUGUUCCUGACAGUGUUCCAACAGUGCAGCACCAAGCCCUCCCUCAGUUUGGUGUACCCUCUCAGUUUGGUUUCAGUGUUCCUGGUCCGCAUGUGGACCCUUCACACCAUCAUCAGCAGGGGAGUCAAGACAUGGGAUCCCGUGGCGGAGAAUCGGAUUUAUUUUCUCUGUUUUCCUCACCACCUCGCUCUCUGGGACCUGCACUAUUCGGCCCCGGAGACAGCAUAGAACAAGUGCAAUAUGAAGACACUACUGGUAUUAAUAUAGAGACUGCACUUCCUCCAGUUGCUGAGGUUCUUGUCGGUGAUAAGAAGCAUAUCGGGGAAUGGGGAGAGAAGUGGGUGAACAGUUUCUUGCAGGCCAAGUUCAGGGAGCAGAUAGAGAAGAAAUACCUUGUUAUCCAUUGGGUGAAUGAGAAACAAGAAUCUGGGAAGCCUUAUGAUUUCCGUAUUGAGUGGAUUGCUGAAAAAAAGGAGGUCUUUAUUGAAGUGAAAAGUACUUUUGCAGAAAAUAAGGACAUGUUUGAGAUCUCGUCCCAAGAGCUUAUGGCUGCACAGA